AUGUCGACGCAUAUCUGCUAUAACAAGGCCAAAGCGAGGACUGACACGCCCCUCUGCAUACAGCUCUCGGCGGAGCGCGCCCUGGCCAUCGAGCUCAUCGCGCAUCCCAUCUACGAGCUCCUCUCCGCCGCCGCCCUCUGUCGUGUGGCCUCUACCUGCCGCACCGCCCACGCAUCGGUCCAGUCCUACAUCGGUGUCGCGUUCAACGUCGACCGCCUCCUCUCCCGCUUCUUCCCAUCAGCUUCCCCAGGAUGUUCCGCCACGUGCCCGCACGACCACACGCACACCGAGGAGCACGUCCGCGCGCGCGCCUUCCGCUCCCUCCAGGCGGCCACGGGCACGCUGAUCUCGGGCUCGACCGCGCUGCAGUUCUUCGACAGGACGUUCUGGCCGGAGAGCGAUCUCGACCUGUACGUCCAUGCGCGGCACCGCCGCGAGGUGGGACGGUGGCUGAUCGCGGAGGGGUACAGGUUCAAGCCGACGAGAUUCCAGGAUCUGUUCGAGGUCGAGAUCAUGGAGUGCCUCGCGAAACGGCCGGACGGCAUUUACUCGAUGCCUGGGGUCCUGGCGGUGUUUACGUUCGUCAAACCGUUGCCCGGACUAGGGACGCCGAGGCGUACGCCUACACCUGAACCGGUCGAGGAGGGCGAGGUCAUCUCGCUGCCUGAUUCCUCGGACACGGAGGAGGACGAAGAGCCGAAGGAGCUCAAGGUGCAAGUCAUCGUCACGAAAAACACGCCUAUGGAGUGCAUCCUCGGCUUCCACUCCACCUGCGUAAUGAACGUCAUCAGCUACGAAAAGGCAUACUGCCUCUUCCCCCGCGCGACGCUGGAGGAGCGCCGCACGCUCAUCUCCUCCUCCUGCCGCGGCAGAAGCCGCCACCGCGCAGAAGGGCUCGCAAAGUACGAGCGCCGCGGCUACAAGCUCAUCUACAGCCUUCCCAUGCACGAGGUCGUCCCCGACCCCGCCGCACAGUCCCUGUACCCCGCCUACGGCCACACCCGCUUCCCGACCCACUGCAACCUCCCGCGUGCUCGCCCGCACCAGACGCAGAACCCGACGUUCCGCUUGGGGUGGCGCUGGAUCGACGACUCGGCGUCCUGGGUGCUCGGCCUGCCGCAGACGGGCGUCACGCCGCCUGCGCCCGCGAACGGCAGCACGCGCGCGCUCGCGCACGACCCCGUCGCGGUGUGCAACUGGGAGGUGCGCCCCAACUUCGGGAUGGGCGCACUGAUGCACUUCGAGACGGUCGCGUGCAAGGUGCUGCGGUACAAGUACCUCGUGACGGACGAGCAGCUGCUCGCGUACCUCGGCGAGGCGUUUGCAGCGAGGGGGAGGGUCGAGGACGACAAGGCGCGGCUGGAGUUGGAGGAGUGGACGUACUGUGACGAGGAACUUCCUACGCUCUGCCGCGACUUCUUACAUGGGCUUGCGACCCGCCGACUCUCGUCUCUGCGCCUCUGA